AUGACCAGCUAUGGGGGCCCGUCUAUACUCAACCCUGAUUUCAGACGGACUCUGAGUGGUGUUGGCGUCGGUGUCGGCGCUAUACCGAUGGUUACUCCACCAGUUCCCGAUGCCUCUGCCCUGCGAACCACUGCGGCCAGAUCUAACGGCCCGGUAUUAGGAUCUAUCUUAUCUGCUCCUGGCCCUGGCCCUGGUACCGGCGCUAUACAGGGGUUGGAGGGAGACAAGUCGCAGCCAAUAAAGAAGCGAAGAGGUGGGAACCGGAGGGCCUGUAAUGAAUGCAAACAGCAAAAGUUGCGAUGUGAUAUUGUUCAAGCUCCGGCGUCCGGCCGCUCACCCUGUUCACGCUGUAAGAGGCUGAAUAUUGAUUGCAAGGUAGAGCAGUCUUUUAAACGUAUAUCUAAACGACGGCGCAAUGCGGAAAUGGAGAGAGAGAUUGCUGACCUUCGUCGACGACUAGCCGCCGGCGAACGUCCCGAAGGUCAGGUUGAUGCAGGCGAUGGUCGCGAGGUCAAUCAUUCCUCUGGAGAAGUGUAUUACGAUGCUCAGUCUCCGCCUUCCUCAUCUCGAGCACAGUCGCUGUCGGUUUCGGUUGAACACCAGCCAUCGCCGUUGAGACGCUCAUUGGUACCUACAGAGAGUCCUAUUCCGCCCAGCGCCAAUGCGUGGGUUCUCGAGGACAUAUCGCUAUCAAAGAAGCGUGUGGACCGACUUUUUGACCAAUACUUUAAAUUCUAUCAUCCAUUUCUUCCCCUGUUGGAUCCUUCCAAAGAUCCCGAAGAAAUUCGCAGCUGCUCCGACAUUCUUGCAUGGACCGUUAUCUGUGUAUCUAGCCGGCGCUGUCCAUACGAGUCUGGACUGCUCGUCUCCCUCUCCGGUCCUUUUAGUAGAUUAUUAUGGGCAAGUAUCAGCAGUGUCCCGCAGAAUUAUCAUGUCGUCAAGGCGCUAUGUUUGUUAUGUACAUGGCCUCUCCCGACGACGAGUCAAAAAAGCGACCAGACUUUCAUGCUGAGUGGGUUGAUGAUGAAUUUGGCUAUGCAGCUGGGUCUGCAUCGCCCAGUGCAACCAGAGGAAUUUACGACGUUUCGAAUGGAGGUUCGAGGAGAGGAACUGAAGGAUCGUCUGCAGACGUGGGUUCUUUGUAACCUCGUUGCACAAAAUGUUGCUACCGGAUAUGGUCAACCGCCAAGCACUAUUUAUGACUGGGCUUUGGAGCCAGCUUCCCUCAGAGCGGCUGACUACAAGUUGCCGGAAGAACUUAAAGUAAGACUGCGAAUUGAGAAGUUCUGCGACCGAGUGACAAGAAGUCUGUACAAUGGACGACCAGAGCCGUCAGAAUUCCUAAGCAUGGACAAGUUGCUUCUUGUGGGAAUAUUGGAGAAUGAGCUAAAGGAAAUGGAAUUGGAUUUUGGCGAUGAUCUUUCACAAAUCAACUUGAUACACUUGCGAGCGGCAAACUUGCAUCUUCGAUACUUUGUGUUUUUGAGUCAAAACGCCCGGAGCGAAGAUCUAACAAACCUCUUUCUUGCAACAACAUCUUUCCUAGGUCGUGUACUCGAGCUCGAGACAUCACCUGGGAAUUUGCUCAUCCAUGCCACCAACUACAUCCUCCAAAUGAUCGUUUCUGCUGCAUUCGCUUUGAUGAAACUCCUCAAAAGUUCAUUUGCACGACAAAUCGACAUUGAUCACGGCAAAUUUUUGUUCAACGGCGCAAUCUCAUCCAUCCGCAGGAUCAGCGUCGUCGAUAACGACCGACCCGUUCGAUUGGCGAAUGUCAUUUCCCAGAUGUGGAACGCUGGUAGUUCUGGCGAUGAUGCUUUACAUCUCGGGAUUCGAAGCCGCAUGAGUAUGAGCCAUGUAUACGAUACAGUGUGGCGAUGGCGACGACGCUUCAAGCAACAGAAAGCCUCUGACGAAGCACAAGUAGGAAGCGUAGCUCAAACCGCAACCGCAGCUGGAGUCACAGGCCCUCAAUCCGAAAAUGCCUUGAACAAUGCUUCAUGGAUACUACCAGCCAACUUCGAGGACAGCACGUUCAUGAAUGAGGCCAGUUUCUCGGAUUUCUUUGAUUCACUGAACUGGGUUUUUGACGGUGUACCUGAUUCUAUCAUUGCGCCGCCUGUUUUGUGAUUGUUUUUCUUUUUCUGUUUUGUAGCAAAGAUACCCAAAUUUUCUUCUGAGUUGUUUCAGAUUGUAUAUAUGAUCGAUGACUGG